AAUUUUAUGUCUAAGCACAUUUUAAAAUUGUUUGACUAGUUUGAAGAAUCAAAAUGUAUCACCUUUUAUAUACAAUAACCAACUAGAAAUUUUAUUUUGUUGUAUUAUUUCAAAUAUGAAACUAUAUUUAUUGUUCUGCAAUGAAACAAAGGCAAAUUGUUUCUUUUAACAACAUGAAUAACUGCCAGUACUCUGAUUGGGAAGAUAACAUAGUUGAUAGUGUCCCUUUGCUACCAGUUCGUAAUUCCUAUGUUCCUACAGAAAGAUCUUCUCCAAGUCGAAGAAAUGUUGUAAGCAGCUAUCGGCAUGAGCAGUCCCAUAACAUCAACACACAUACAGUGCAAAGGCCUGUCCUUGAAGCUCAAGUCCAAGAAACAGACACUUUACAAGCCAUUGCUCUUAGAUUUCAUUGUUCGGUUGAAGAGCUGAAAAGGUUGAAUAACAUACAUAGAGAAAAUGAAAUAUUUGCCCGGUCUAUAUUGAAAAUACCUAUAACACCUCAUACAAUAUUGUUAGGCAGCUUUCCACAGGUACAUCAAUCUAGCGGCAAUAGUUCACCAAAAUCAACUAGUGUUUUAAACAGCCAUGAAAAUUUACUAUUGAAUCCUCAAGAAUUAAAUGAUAGAUUAUUAGUUGCACAGGCACCUGCAGAUACAUCUAGCAAUAAUGAAGCUAAGAAUGGCAAUGUUAUAACUGUAAAUGAAGUCAUUUUUAAUAGUGAAGUGGUUCCAAAUGAUCUGAGAUCUAGUGAUGGGAAUGAACAAUUGUCGGAACAUCAAAAUGUUAAAACGUUUCAUUCAUUUUUGAACUUAAAUGGAAUUGAUUGUGGUAUAAAAUGGUAUCACCUAAUUCUUGUUGUAUUGUUAAUAGUUUCUAUAUCAAUAUAUAAUUUUUAUAAGGCAAAGAUAUUCCUUGACAAGCAUCAUACUUCAUAG